CGCGUUGGGAGCGCCAAUACGACUUUAACCGAUCACCGAUAACAAUCGUUGACGUUGGCGUUAUCGUCGUCAAGGGGGCCGAUCCCGAUAGAACAACGAGCGCAACCAUCGUCAUCCGUCGCUAUACUUGACAGAAUCGUUAAAAUGGCUGAUAUGAUGGAAUCGCCGCCGCUAUUCGAUACUAACGAGAAGAAACUGGAUGAUUUGGAGGACGACGACGAGGAUAUCUUCGCGUCCGCAGUGCAGGAGCAGAGCCAGUUGGAGGAUACCUCACCUUACAAUGGAGUAUCCAAGAUCCAAGCAGAAUUGCCAAAAUUAUCAUUGCGAGAUGCACCAGAGGAGAAUUCAUUCUCCUCAGUGUCCAGUCCAGCACCAGGUCCUCUGAGUCCUCCGUUAGGACCAAUGAAUACAGACAUUGGUGAUCUUCAUGAUGUUCCUAUCAACGAUAAUGCAGAUAUGCUAACUUCAAGUGUUAUACAAUCUCGCUCUUUAGAAGAGGUUCCAACAGAUACAUCCGAAGUUUACUUGAAGAUCACAGUUACUUCCCCUCAAAAGAUAGGCGAUGGAAUGGGUGCCUAUGUUGCAUAUAAAGUUGAAACAAGAACGAAUAUGCUUAUAUUUAAGAAGCGGACUUUUAGCGUAAUUAGACGUUUCAGCGACUUUCUAGGACUCCAUGACAAAUUGACUGAGAAGUAUCUCAGGAACGGCAGGAUAAUUCCACCAGCUCCAGAAAAAAGUGUCAUUGGAACAACAAAAAUUAAGAUGUCAGGAGACAAGAGUCAAGAACAAAAUUCGAGCUCCACCGAAUUCAUUGAACGACGUCGAGCAGCUCUCGAGAGGUAUCUAAAUAGAACAGCCUCACAUCCAGUUCUGAGUAUCGAUCCUGACUUCAGAGAAUUUCUAGAAGCUGAUGUGGAAUUGCCUAAAGCUACCAAUACAUCUGCAUUGAGCGGUAAAGGUGUAAUGAGGCUUUUCAAUAAAGUCGGGGAAACUGUUAACAAGAUAACGUAUAAGAUGGAUGAAAGUGAUAUGUGGUUUGAAGAGAAGACAUCGCAAAUAGAUUCUCUUGAUAUCCAGUUGCGCGCUUUGCAUUCUGCAGUGGAUUCCUUAACAAAUCAAAGGAGGGAAUUAGCAAACUGCACUGGUGCUACAGCAAAAUCGAUUGCUGUUCUUGGUCACGGCGAGCCAGGAGCGUCUCUCGGCAGAGCGCUGGCACAGUUAGCGGAAACAUUGGAAAAAGUGGAAACUAUCAGGAAAACACAAAGUAACAGUGAUCUCUAUCAAUUAGGAGAAAUGUUGAGGGAUUAUGUUGCGCUCAUCGGUGCAAUUAAAGAUGUAUUCCAUGAAAGAGUAAAAGUCUUUCAGAAUUGGCAACAUGCUCAAUUGAUGUUAAACAAAAAGCGUGAGCAGAAGGCGAGACUUGAGCAGUCUGGACGAACGGAUAAAACGAGUCAAGCAGCUACCGAAGUCAUAGAAUGGGAGGCGAAAGUAGACAGAGGCCAAGAGGAAUUUGACAAUAUCUCGAAGAUGAUAAAAGAAGAGGUGGAACGCUUCGAAUUGGUUAGGGUGCAAGACUUCAAGAAGCAACUAAUUGAAUAUCUGGAGUCGAUGCUACAACAUCAGAAUCAACUUAUCAAAUAUUGGGAAAGCUUCCUACCGGAGGCACGAGCAGUGGCAUAAACAUUCCUCACAUAAAAAAAAUAAGAUACAAUUUUUUUUAUAACGACGAUAAGGCCAAUACUUAGCAUGUAACGUGAAAGAAGAAAUUCUAUGCCGUUGAUUAAGAUAAGUUGCUCGUUUGCUGAUAAUUAUUUUUUUCUCAACGAUGUCAGAUGACUUCGAGAAAGCAGUUUCUUAAAAACAAGGAAAAGGGAAAAAAGCCAUACACUUAUAAUUUUUGAAGUACUGCUGAUUCGUUUAAAACUUUCUACGAGCAACAAAGUAUUCUAUUCAAUACAUUCUAAUUAGACAAACCUAAUUCAUAAGAAAUCUCAGAUUUUUAUUACAUUUCAAUUAUUGUCUUAUAUAGUAUAUUCUAUUCUCUAUUAUUACUUUAUCUAUACUAUAUACAUUAUAUGUAACUAUAUAUAUGAAACUGUACAAUUUGUUAAAGAAUGUUACUGGAUAAUAAAGAUCAAUUGUGGUUAUAUAAACAGAGAA